GGCAACCCUGUUGUCGUAGUAAGAAUUUUUGCAAGUUCUGCAUUAACUUUUAUUUUGUUAUAAUUUUAUGCAAUAAAAAAUCAAUGAAAAUAACUAAAAUUUAUAAUCAAUGACAAUAAAAAGCAUAAACGUAAAAACUUAGAAUUCAAACGACAGGUACAUAGACGAAAUAUAAGAAAACAAAAGGUAUAUAGCAAAAAGGCGAUAAAGAAGUUGUUUUCGUUUUUCUUGCAAGUUCCCCAAUUUAAUUAGAACUCAAUAAAGCGUAAACCGUGAGAUUAAAUGAAAAAAAUUGGAUUCCUGCUCUAGGCUAUCAUCCAAGCGCAAAAAAAGGAACAAUAGCCAUGUUGAAGGGCAAAGGGCAAAGAUCCUUUGAGGAUAUCUGGCCGGCGGCGCGCAUAAUUGUUUUAAAAUUAUUAAAGCAGGAAACCGUAUCCCAAGUGGAAUGGCAAGAUUUGUUUUACGGGGUGCAUUUAGUGUGCUUAUGGGAUGAGAAAGGUGCUGCCAAGAUAUACGAUUGUUUGCGUACAGACAUUGUAGAGUUUAUCGUAAAUGCACAACGCAAGGUUCAAUCUCAAAGAGGAGAGCAAGCAUUACUAAUGACCUAUAUAGUGGAGUGGCGUAAAUUUUUUACUCAAUCCAAUUACCUGCCUUUACCAUUUCGUCAGUUAGAACAUUCAUUUCAAUCCAAAGUUCCGUCAUCCAGUUCGGCGACUUCCUCGGCCUCCACAUCAGCAUCUAGUUCCUCAGCCGCAGCGGCUUCAUCUUCCUCAGCAGCGGGGGCUAGUACGUCAACCUCUGCCUCCGCGUCUUUGUCGUCUUCCAAUAAGAAAAAUCCCACCGAAGACAGUAUUGUACGUAAACUCAUGCUGGACUCGUGGAACGAAAACAUAUUCAAGGAUAUUAAAGAUCGUUUACAAGAAUCUGCCAUGAGAAUUGUUCAUGCUGAACGGAAUGGUGAUGCUUACGAUGCCCAGUUGGUAAUUGGUGUACGUGAAUCAUAUGUAAAUCUUUGUUCCAAUCCAGACGAUAAAUUGCAAAUAUAUCGUGAAAAUUUUGAAGCAGCUUAUUUAGAUGCGACGGCAGCUUUUUAUCGAUUAAAUGCUGCCGAACAACAGCAAAUUAAUGGUGUGUUGGCUUUCAUGAAAUACGCUGAUGCUAAACUACGCGAAGAAGAGACAAGAGCAAAACGUUACCUAGAGCCUAGUAGUUACGGUGUUUUGGCUCAAACAUGUGUCAAAGUAUUGGUGGGCGAUCACAUGAAUACUAUUAUUGCCGAGUGUGCUCCAUUGAUCAAAGAGUACGAAACAGAUCGCUUAAAUUUAAUGUUCCGUCUAUUGGAUCGGGUACCCAACGGUGUUGAACCCAUGCUAAGGGAUUUGGAAAAUCAUAUUGUUUCCGCAGGUUUAGCUGACAUGCUGUCGGCCUCUGAAAUUAUAACGCAAGACUCGGAAAAAUAUGUGGAACGUUUAUUAGAGUUGUUUAAGAAAUUCAGCGCUUUAGUUAAAAAUGCCUUCAGCGAUGAUCCACGUUUUCUAACGGCACGCGACAAGGCAUUUAAGACAGUUGUCAACGACACAAGUGUCUUUAAAUUGGAAUUGCCUACUGGUAUACAGAAUAGGGGCGUUAAGUACACAGCUCCCGAAAGCAAAUGCCCUGAGCUGUUAGCCAAUUAUUGUGACAUGUUAUUGCGACGAACACCGUUAAGUAAACGCUUGACCAGUGAACAGAUAGAUGGACGUUUACGUGAUGUCUUAUUGGUAUUGAAAUAUGUUAAUAAUAAGGAUGUUUUUAUGCGUUAUCAUAAGGUGCAUUUAACUAGAAGACUAAUUUUGGGUACUAGUGCCGACAGCGAGAAGGAGGAAGACAUUGUCGAGUGGUUGAGAGAAGUAGGUAUGCCUGCGGAUUAUGUUAAUCGUUUGGCACGAAUGUUUCAGGAUAUUAAAGUUAGCGAAGAUUUAAAUACACAAUUCCGCAAUUCGACUGGUCGUCAUGAUGCCAUUAAUAUUAAAAUUUUAAAUGCUGGUGCGUGGGCAAGGUGCUCGGAACGCGUAUCGGUUAGCUUACCGCUUGAAUUAGAAGACUAUAUACCCGAUGUAGAAGAAUUUUAUAAAAAAAAGCAUUCCGGUCGCAAACUGCAAUGGUAUCAUCACAUGAGCAAUGGCACCAUAACAUUUGUUAAUAAUUUUGGACGUUAUGAUCUCGAUGUAACCACUUUUCAAAUGGCUGUGCUCUUCGCUUGGAAUCAAAGACCUCACGACAAGAUAUCUUAUGAAAAUUUACGUUUAGCUACAGAAUUGCCAGAUCCCGAACUAAGACGUACUCUAUGGUCUUUGGUGGCUUUUCCCAAAUUGAAGAAGCAAAUACUUUCCAUGGAGCCCAAUUGCCCUACACCUAAAGACUUUACGGAAAAUACUUUAUUUCAAGUUAAUCAAGAAUUUGCUGUAGUCAAAAAUGGGAAAUCACAGCGACGCGGAAAAUUAAAUCUUAUUGGCCGUUUGCAGCUAAGUACCGAACGCUCUAUACAGGAAGACAAUCAAUCUAUCGUACAGUUGCGCAUACUGCGUGUGCAGGAAGCCAUUAUUAAAAUAAUGAAAAUGCGUAAACGAAUAAACAACGCUACAUUGCAGGCUGAAUUGAUCGAUAUUUUGAAGAAUAUGUUCUUACCUUCAAAGAAAAUGAUAAAGGAGCAGCUCGAAUGGCUCAUCGAGCACAAAUAUAUGCGACGUGACGAUGAUGACAUCAACACAUUUAUAUAUAUGGCUUAAAGGAAGAACAUGUGAUAUCUAUCACGUACUAUGUCAUCAUUGUGGCCAUUAAUAAUAAGUGAAAAGAAAUUAAUAAACAUAAGAAAAAUAUUGUCGUGGGGUAGAAGUUUUUCACAACCUUUAUCAUUAACACAAAAAAAGUACUCUUCAAAAGUUACUCAUAAGUAGGAAUAUUUUAAAUUUAAAUGUUUUUUUUUUUUUCGUUAGUGAUGUAGUUUUUUUUUUUUUCUUUUUUGUAAUGCUUUUAUUAACAUUUGCGUUCCGGAGAAAUAUAUAUUUUUUUUAUUUAUUUCCAAACAUUGUCUGCUUCUCUCCGUCCUCUUUAUGGGCUUUACGAGCGCUUUUGAAACUUUUCAUUAUUAUGUAUUCUUCUUUAAUUUUGUUUUAUGUGAUUUUUUAAUUUAUAAA